AUGCAGUUCAACGGCCGCAGUUGGGCAGUGUACGGCGCCAGCCGCGUGUCGCCUGCCGGCUGCUCGCUCCCCUCGCUGGCACUCGACUCUGGCAACCUGCCCUGGGUGUCCUGCCAGUCCACCAACAAGAGCGUGGUGGUGAUGCGGCACACGGGCGCCUCCUGGCAGGCGCUGCCCGUGCCCUCUCCCGCGCGCGCCGGCUGGCUGCAGCUGGCCCUGGACUCUGCAGACACGCCGUACCUGGCGGCAAUCGACGACGAUGUGCCCAACCAGGCGCUGCUGCUGCGAUACGACGGCGCCGCCUGGCUGCAGCUGCCCCUCCUGCCCGCGCCCAACGGCGUGUACCCUCUCAACACGCUGGCGCUGGCCAUCAGCGCCGCCGACGUGCCUCACAUCGCCCUGCAGCGCGGCUUCCAGCAGCCGCCCGACCACUCCGUGUGGCGCUGGGAGGCGGCGGGAGGCGGGCAGUGGCUUACCGUCGGGCCCAGCGACGCUACGCCCAUCACACCCUCAGCAGACUUCCCCUGGCUGUCCCUGGCGUUCGACGCCUCCAACCUGCCGGUGGUGGCUUUCAAGGACCAGGCUGCCGCCACCGUGAAGAUCUGGACCGACUCCAAGCAGCAAACCGGCUGGAGCAACUUUGGGCAGGCCUUUCCCAGCUCCAGCGACGGCCCCGCCAGCGUGCUCGCCGUCGGCGUAGCCCUGGACAGCGCCGGCGUGCCGCUGGUUGCGGUGGUCGACGCCCAGCUGGCCUCCCGCGUCUCCGUGUACAAGUUCGGUAACAGCUUCACCGGCUGGCGCAGGGUGGGGGAUGCAGGCUUCGGCCAGCCCGCCCAGACCUCCGUCUGCCUGCGCCUCGACUCUAAGGAUGCGCCGCACGUCGCCGUGAACCAGGCGGUGUGGCGGCUGGCGGCCGACUCCUGGCAGCAGCUGGGCCCGCUGUUUGCGGCGGCGCCAACAUCCGGCGUCAGCCUGGCUCUGGACGGGCUGGAUGUGCCGCUCGUGGCAUUCAAGGAUGGGGUGGCGGGCGUGUCGGUGGUGCGCUGGAACGGCCGCCGCUGGCCCGUGCUUGGCGCAGCCGGCUUCCUGCCUGCCAACGCCGCCCUCGGGCCGCGCUCUCUGGCUGUCGAGACCGCCACCCAGCUGCCCUGCGUGGCUGCCUGGGUGGGGCCCUCCGUCGACCCCUCCGCUGCCCGCGUCUUGUGCUUCGACCCGGGCAGCGGCUGGGCCGCGCUGGGCGGCGCCAUCCCGGUGCCGCCUGCCGCCUCGCCGCCCCAGGUGGAGCUGGCUCUGGACGGCCAGGACCAGCCCGUGCUGGCCAUCAACCAGCCCGCCGGCAACGCAACGCUGUACGGCUACAGCGCUGGCGGCGCCAGCUGGGCGGCCCUGGGGCCCAGCCUGCCGGGCCUGGCAGCAGAUGGCGACUUCAGCAUGGCCCUGGGCCCCGGCGGCAUACCCUACCUGGCCGUCCAGGCGCCGUCCGCCGUCAUCUUCACCCCCGUGCACCGCCUGCUGGGCGGCGGCUGGGAGGCGCUGGACGGCGACCCCUUCAUCAAAGGCACACCCGCCCCCACCAGCCUCUCCCUGGUUCUCAGCAGCAGGGGACAGGUGGUGGCCGCAUUCCGUGACGCCGACCGCGCCAAGGUCGCCACCUGCCCGUCGCCGCCCGGCCAGCCUGUGGCGCGCACACCCGGCUGGGGCCUGCUGGGGGCCCGCCAGUUCAGCAGCCUGCAGCAGCUGUUCCGCGUCAGGCUGGCAGUACACAAGCCCACCGACACCUUCUACGUCGCCUACCUCAAUAGCACCGUGGGCAACACCCAGGUCCGCCGCUGGGACGGCUUUGAUUGGCUGGCGAUGGGGCCGCCCGGCGGCAUCACACCCGGCCUCGCCACCCGCCUCUCCCUCGCCGUGGACGGUGCCGGGCAGCCGCACCUGGCGUUCGCCGACGUCUCCCAGGGAAGCCGUGCCAGCGUGAUGCGCUACACGGCCGCCACCGGGCAGUGGGCUUACCUGGGACCGCCAGGCUUCAGCCAGGGUGCCACCGGCGGCGAGGUCAGCCUGGCCUUUGGGUCUGACGAUGUGCCCACGUUGGCGUUCAGCGAUCAAGACGCCCAGCAGCCAGCGGCGCCGGGCCGGCUGACCGUCAUGCGGUUCAGCGGCGGCGCCUGGGGGGCGGUGGGAGGCGCCAGCCGCGUGUCGCCUGCCGGCUGCGUCAACCCAACGCUGGCGCUCGACUCUGGCAACCUGCCCUGGGUCUCCUGCCAGUCGUCUGACAGCCUGACGCAGGGCGUCAACAACACCGCGGCGGUGAUGCGGUACACCGGCUUCGCCUGGGCCUCCCUGGGUGCCAGCACCCUGCCCAACCGCACCGGCUGGCUGCAGCUGGCCCUGGAUUCUGCAGACACGCCGUACCUGGGUGUCACCAACCUGAACAGCCCUGGGCAGGCGCUGCUGCUCCAGUACAACUCCAGCGACGACACCUGGCUGCAGCUGGCCCCGGUGCCCACCCCCACCAGCGUCUACCCCAGCACAAGCCUGGAGCUGGCGAUCAACGGCUUUGACGUGCCUCACAUCGCCCUGCAGCAGGGCGCGUUCGGCGGCGCGACCAACCAGACGGUGUGGCGCUGGGAGGCGGGAGGCGGCGGGCAGUGGGUUGGCUUGGGGUCCCCCGACGCCCCGCCCAUCUCUCCCUCCACUGACUUGCCCUGGUUCUCUCUGGCCUUUGAUGCCUCCAACCUGCCGGUGGUGGCCUUCAAGGACCAGAGAAGCGUGAGCGUGGUGAUCUGGACUGACUACAAGCCGCUUGCGGGCUGGGGACACAUCGGGCAGGCCUUCCCCAGCUUCAACGACGGCCUAACCAGCGUGCAACGGGUGGAGGUCGCGCUGGACAGCGCCGGCGUGCCGGUGGUGGCGGUGAUCGACGCCCAGCUGGCCUCCCGCGUUUCCGUGUACAAGUACGGCAACUUCUGGGACGGCUGGCAGCGCCUGGGGGCCCCAGGCUUCACCCAGCCCUCCCAGACCGCCCUGUGCCUGCGCCUCGACUCCCAAAACGUGCCGCACGUCGCCGUGAACCAGGCGGUGUGGCGGUUUGGCGGCGGCGCCUCGGGGCCGGUGUGGCAGCAGCUGGGACCCGCCUUCUCUGCUGGCCCCACCUCAGGCGUCAGCCUGGCGCUGGACGAGGCCGGCACCCCUUAUGUGGCGUUCAAGGAUGGGGUGGCUGGCGUGUCGGUGGUGCGCUGGAACGGCCGCCGCUGGCCCGUGCUCGGCGCAGGCCCCCUCUGGAAUGCCAGCGCCGUCACCUUCACCCGCUCCCUGGCCCUCCAGCCCGCCUCCCAGCUGCCCUGCGUGGCGGCCUGGGCGCCGUCCCCCAGCUCCCCCAACGGCACCGCCGGCCUGCGCUGCUUCACCGGCACCGGGUGGUCCCCAGACGACCCCCUCCCGCUGCCGCCCGCACCCUAUGGCGCGCUGCUGAAGCUGGAGCUGGCGAUCGACGCCGCCGGCGGGCGCCUGCUGGGCCUGCAGCAGCCCUUCUCGGGCUCCCCCGCCGGCAUCAGCCUGCUGGCCUUCUCCGCCGGCCCCGGCGCGGGCGGGUGGAGCCAGGCGGGCGCCGGCGUGCAGGCGGGGAUGGGCCCGGGCGCAGACUUCAGCCUGGCGCUCGACUCCGCCGGCUCCCCGCUGGCCAUCUUCCAGGCCGACCUCACAUCCACCUAUACAGACGUGCAGCGGCUGGUCGGCGGCACCUUUGGGCCGCUGGCGGGCAGCCCCUUCAUCCGGGGCGUCGCGCCGCCCACCAGCGUGUCGCUGGCCGUCGAUGGGCUGGACCAGGUGGUGGUGGCGUACCGCUUGUCGGGGGUCCAGGCGAGGGUGGCCAUCUGGGUGCCGCCCGCAUCCUGA